GGGCCGACGGGGAUCGGGUCUGUUGGGGCAGCGCGGCCGCGGCCAUGGGGGGCUUGAAAGACGAAUUGCUCAAAGCCAUCUGGCACGCCUUCACCGCGCUCGACCUGGACCGCAGCGGCAAGGUCUCCAAGUCGCAACUCAAGGUCCUUUCCCAUAACCUGUGCACGGUGCUGAAGGUUCCACACGACCCUGUUGCCCUUGAGGAGCACUUCCGGGAUGACGAUGAGGGGCCUGUCUCCAAUCAGGGCUACAUGCCAUAUUUAAACAAGUUCAUUUUGGAAAAGGUCCAAGACAACUUUGACAAGAUUGAAUUCAAUAGAAUGUGUUGGACCCUCUGUGUCAAGAAAAACCUCACAAAGAGUCCACUCCUCAUUACAGAAGAUGAUGCAUUCAAAGUGUGGGUCAUUUUCAACUUUUUGUCGGAGGACAAGUAUCCAUUAAUUAUUGUGCCAGAAGAGAUCGAAUACCUACUUAAGAAACUUACAGAAGCUAUGGGAGGAGGUUGGCAACAAGAGCAAUUUGAACAUUACAAAAUAAACUUUGAUGACAAUAAAGAUGGCCUGUCUGCCUGGGAACUUAUUGAACUAAUUGGAAAUGGACAGUUUAGCAAGGGCAUGGAUCGUCAGACAGUGUCUAUGGCCAUUAAUGAGGUCUUCAAUGAGCUUAUUUUAGAUGUAUUGAAACAGGGUUACAUGAUGAAGAAAGGCCACAAACGGAAAAACUGGACUGAGCGCUGGUUUGUAUUAAAACCCAACAUAAUUUCCUACUAUGUGAGCGAGGAUCUGAAAGAUAAGAAAGGAGACAUCAUGUUGGAUGAAAACUGCUGUGUGGAGUCUCUGCCUGACAAAGAUGGAAAGAAAUGUCUUUUUCUAAUAAAAUGCUUCGAUAAGACCUUUGAAAUCAGUGCCUCGGAUAAGAAGAAGAAACAAGAAUGGAUUCAGGCCAUCCAUUCUACCAUCCAUCUGUUGAAGCUGGGCAGCCCCCCACCACACAAGGAAGCCCGCCAGCGUCGGAAAGAGCUCCGAAGGAAGCUGCUGGCAGAGCAGGAGGAGCUGGAGCGGCAGAUGAAGGAGCUCCAAGCGGCCAAUGAAAACAAGCAGCAGGAGCUGGAGAGUGUGCGGAAGAAACUGGAGGAAGCAGCAUCUCGUGCCGCAGACGAGGAAAAGAAGCGCCUGCAGACUCAGGUAGAGCUACAGACCAGGUUCAGCACAGAGUUGGAGCGGGAGAAGCUGAUCAGACAGCAGAUGGAGGAGCAGGUUGCCCAGAAGUCCUCUGAACUGGAGCAGUAUCUGCAGCGAGUCCGGGAGCUGGAAGACAUGUACCUAAGGCUGCAGGAGGCACUGGAGGACGAGAGGCAGGCCCGGCAGGAUGAGGAGACCGUGCGCAAGCUGCAGGCCAGGUUGCUGGAGGAAGAGUCUUCUAAGAGGGCAGAGCUGGAAAAGUGGCACCUGGCACAGCAGCAGGCCAUUCAGACAACAGAGGCGGAGAAGCAGGAGUUGGAACAGCAGCGGGUCCUGAAGGAGCAGGCCCUGCAGGAGGCCAUGGCACAGCUGGAGCAGCUGGAGUUGGAGCGGAAGCAGGCCCUGGAGCAGUACGAGGGAGUCAAAAGGAAGCUAGAGAUGGCAACAAAUACGACCAAGAGCUGGAAGGACAAAGUGGCCCAUCAUGAGGGAUUAAUACGCUUGAUAGAACCAGGUUCCAAGAACCCUCACCUGAUCACCAACUGGGGACCUGCAGCAUUCACGCAGGCAGAGCUCGAGGAGAGAGAGAAGAGCUGGAAAGAGAAGAAGACCACAGACUGACAGCUGUCCCAGCGGCCACCCCAGUCAGUCACAUCAGUGAGGAGUCGAGCUUCGUGCCUGGGACAGGGACACUGGCUUUGCUGCUUCUAGUCUCCCCUCAGGACUCCAGCAGGUUCCCUGUGAGGAGGACGCCAUAUUUACCUUCUUAGCGAGGUCUCAGCUCUCCUGAGCAAGAACAUAGGCACGGGUGUGGCUGGGGCCACUUUCACUGUCGCCUUCUGCAGCCCUUGCAGCCCCCAGUCUCAGCCCCUCCUUGGACGGGAGGUCAGCUGUCUCCUCAGGCAGCACAUCCCCUCCACUGAUUGGCCAGUCUGCUUGCCUUUUCGUGUCAAGUGACACGGCAAGCCUUCGUGUUGGUGUCUGAUGGACAGGUCACCAGCCACUGCCCUUGUGGAUGGGAUCUGGCUGGUGACGCUUCCCAGCUUCAGCUGAGACACUUCCUUUCCUGACCACCACACACGGGGCUUGCGCUUCAUGGCAUUUUCUUUCCCUCUCCUCAAAGCAAAACAUAUCCCGCCUCAGUGCCUCUUCUUCGAGUGUUCUGUCCCCGGCUGCCUGUCUGUUGGAAUCCAUGGUGAUUGGAUAGUUUGGGAGGUUACAUGGGCACAGUGGAAGCUGACAGUAUGUGGGCCUGUCAGAUGUAAAGUGUCACAGGAUGAUGGCAGACCCUGUGGCUUUCUCUAGGACUGUAUCUCUCUCUGCUUCCCCUCCUAGGGUGACACAGGUCUUGGUUUCUGUGCUUCUCUCUGAGGACUGCCUUUAGCUAUGACCUGCUCUGAGGCCGAGACUAGUGCUUAUGAGGGUAAGCCUCAGCACACCGCUGGGCUCUGUGACAGCAGUGACUCCAUGGACAGCCCAGAGGCUUACAUAUGAGCAGGAAGGGGAUCUGUGUGUUACAGAAAAGGUGGGAUUCAGUAGCAGAGCAGAGAACCCCAAGUGUCGGUCCAGCCUUGCCUCAGAGCAGAAAGGAGGCCAUUCUAGACACGUGCAAGUCUAGAAUAGAUUCCAGUGUUCCUGGAUCUACAUAAGGACUGGAUAGAAUUCAUUAAUCUCUACCUUUUAUGAUCAGAAAACAUUUGCCAAUGGAAGUCUUAUCAAUUUUUCUUAAGAUUUUGGGCUACUUAAUAAAAGUAAUUUUAUUUAAUGUUUAUAGCUGCCUUCAUACAGUUUAGAUUUAUAUGCAAAGUAUCACCGUGUCAUGAACCCUCUUGGUUAGCAGAUAACUUGCGUGUAGGCUUGGGUCUGGCCAUUCUCACCGUGUUUCCUUGCCAGUGCUGCUGGGAGUCAGACCAAGGGGACCACAGUGGCCCUGUCCUGAUGAUGUCUCCUAGGGACCCAGUG